UUACGACGUCAACGGCUGUCAGCACGACUUUCAGCACGGCUUAGAAGUUUAUUGUGAUAGCUUGCAUCACCACUUGAAAUCACGUGUAGAGUCAUUUUAGAAGAGCAUACUCCCGUGAUCUUUCCAAAAAGCAGGAUUCAGCACCUUACUAUGGUUGACUAAAAAGUAUUACUGCUAAGAUGACUGACACGGAACUCCAAGCUGAUGAGUUGUUAGCAUUGACCAGUAUCUAUGAUGAGCCUGUCAUAGCCAUCUCCCAGGAUGCGGAAGAUGUGGGCGGCCAGUUUCUGUCCAGUGUUCAUCUGCCUGACACCACUAUCAAGAUUCUGAGCCGGAGAGAAAAAUCAGGAAACAAGGAUGGUAAGUCUAUAGAGGAGGUCCACGAGGUGAAGUUCCUGCCACCGGUGAUACUUAAUUUCCAGCUACCUGCUGACUACCCUUCCUGUAGCCCUCCACAGUUCACACUCUCCUGCAAGUGGCUUAACAGGAAACAGCUGACUGCCCUUUGCCACAAGCUUGACGAGAUCUGGGAGGAAAACAAGGGCAAUGAAAUUUUGUUCAUGUGGACAAGUUUUUUGGCAGAGGAGACUAUGGAAUUCCUAGGUGUAGAGUCCACUAUAGACUUAACAAAUGCCUUUGAUAGCCGGAAAGGUUCGGACACUGAACCAAGAGCUAUACAGGAUAUUGGUUCACGGGACCGGCUCAUUCCAGUCGUCUUAGACUAUGACAAACAGGAGAAGCAAUGCCAGUUUGAGAAGACAAUGUUCCAGUGUAAAGUCUGCUUCUCGGACCGACCGGGAUCCUCGUGUAUAAAGUUUCUGGACUGUGACCAUGUGUAUUGUAAGGAUUGUAUGAAGGACUAUUUUACAGUACAGAUCGGGGAGGGAAAUGUAACAGCCCUGAGUUGUCCUGAUGAAAAGUGUGAAUCACAGGCUCAUCCCUCUCAGGUAAAGGCCCUCGUUAAUGAAGAGCUCUUUGACAAGUAUGAGAAACUGUUGCUCCGGACUGGUCUUGAUAUGAUGGUAGAUGUCAUGUACUGCCCACGUCCUGCGUGUCAAUAUCCAGUUAUGCUUGACCGGGAAAGCAACAUGGGUUCCUGUCCGUCAUGUAGCUACUCCUUUUGUACUCUGUGUAAACUUGUCUUCCACGGAAAGUCGCCAUGUCGGGUGAAGGCUGAUGGCUUCAAAAAGCUGAGAGAGGAGUACCAGAAUGCAGAUGAGGAAAAUAAGCGGUUUCUGGAGAAGAAGUAUGGGAAAAAGACUAUAGAACAGGCCCUGGAGGAGGCCUUCACCAACGAUUGGAUGGAAAGCUUCGCCAAGCAAUGUCCUGGGUGUGGAGCACAUAUACAGAAAAUGGAUGGAUGUAACAAGAUGACAUGUAUGAAGUGCCGGUCCUAUUUCUGCUGGUUGUGUAUGUCAGAGCUGUCUCGCAACAACCCAUACAAACACUUCAACCAGCCUGGUAGUAAGUGCCAUAAUCGUCUGUUCGAGGGAAUGGAUGAAGAUGAUGACGAUUUUGAUAUUGACGAUGACAUGUUUUUCUAAUGUAUAAUUUUU